CGUUGUGUGGAUGCCACAGUGAUCCACUAGACUGACGUCUCUCACGGCAGCGCAGACGAAGACCGCAGCCCUGGUUAUUCACCAGACUUCAGCACAGCCGCGCAGUCGCCAGUCUCUCCUGCAGAGAGACACACACACACACACACACACACAGAAAAGAGAGAGAACUUCAUCAACGACAGAGCUGUAGUUUUUGCAGCAUGUUCCACCUUCGGCAAUCUCCGUUUAAACACAUUCGCCCAGUUUGAUUUUUCCUCUGGCGUGUUGGACGUUUUUUUAUCAUCUGGUGGGAAGGAAACAUUCGCCUUUUUUUCGCUUCCCUUUUCGGCUGAUGUAAAAAAAAGCAACCCCCUUCUACACUGGAAUGAUGUGGACCUCUCAUGAUACUGUUGGAUUUGUUUUCUUAGCCGGAUUUUGCGUGCAAUUCGGAUUCUCCUUUGAAGGUCGCUUCACGGAUAUGCCCUCCAACAUGACGGUUAAAGAGGGACAAAACAUAGAAAUGGCGUGUGCUUUCCAGAGCGGAACCACGUCGGUGUAUUUGGAGAUCCAGUGGUGGUUCGUGAGGACGCCGGAACCCACCGACAGCGAAGAGGAGGUCGAUGCUGAAGAGAUGGAGAUGAUACCGGAGCCCGAUCCCGAUGACGAGGGGACGAAAAUAAGUACAGUGAAGGUCCAGGGCAACGACAUCUCACACAAGCUGCAGAUCUCCAGAGUCGGCAAGAGCGACGAAGGACUCUACGAGUGCCGGGUGACACGAGCCAACUACGGAGAGAUUGUGGAGUACAAAGCCCAAGCCUGGCUGAGGGUCAACGCUACGGCCAGGCCACGACGGCCACUGCUGCCUCCCAAGAAAAGCUCCCCGCUCCACCUGACGGACAAGAAGCCGAGAAAGUCCACCUCACCUCAGGACAGCAUGAGUUCAGACCAGAGGGUGGACUCCACCUCCACCUCUCACACAUCCUCCAACACAGCUAAACACAACCCCGGCUCAGGUACAAGAAUAUCAUCCAACUGUGGACUGGCGGUCCUCCUCCUGGCGUGUGGUUUGGUGAGGGAUGCCUUGUUAUAAUUUGAAGAACUGACAUGGUUUGCGCCCUGAUCCUGCUCUCUAUCUUCGUUUGCUCUCAAAGUGAACGAGAAAAUCCCCCCCACCCCACACCCCCUUCCCCCACCAUGCGGACAGCACAGUUGGCCCUCAUUUCCCCGCCACUACUGCUCUUGCACCCAGCACAUUGUUAUUAGCCACUGUAAACACCAGUCACCUUUAAAAGCGGUUGGAUUACCUUUUGUACAGACGUCAACUCGACACCAUCCGAGGUGCAACGCUCUGCUGUGAAAAAACGGACUCUGUAUCUUGUUGGAUAACUCUCAUGGAGGAAUGACUUUCCUAUGGUUUCGCUGUUCCAGUUCAUGUGUUUAUUGCUCAAAAGUGAACAAGAAAAAAGGAGAAUCUAUAUUUGUGUAAUAUAUAUAUAUGAUUCUUGAUAUAUAUCUGUUUUAUUUGAAACACCUAGACUUACUGUAUGUGCUGUAUAGAUAGCUGAAACUCACCAUAUUGGCCAUGGAACUUCAUUGUGAAUAGGCCCUCUCAAAGAAAUAAAAGGAAUUCAAGUACAUGCUAAUUUAGACUGUUAACAUGAACCAUAGGGUUAAAUGGGUUCAAUUUCUCAUUUUUCUUCAGCUGUAUUGGCCAUCUAAAUGAUCUAAUGUGCAUAAUUUUACAUCUUGUUAGUGGUACAUAUACAGGUGUGCAUGCUUAUCGGUCUGACGGCUUAAAAGAGGGGAACAUAAGUUAUUUGAGCUACAUAAUUCAACAAUUGGAGUUCAGUGUUACAGUAUGUUGAAUUUAGCUUUAUUUUAAUGUGCUAGCUUUGGUGUUGAAAAAAAAUAAUAAUUGUCCCUUGUCAUUUUAAUUUGUAUUGCAUCCUCAGUAGGAAUAAAAAAGGAUGUCACAAUUUAUGCGUCAUUGAAAAUCCUGAUAUGUGACCAUUGGAUGAUUAAUUUUAAUUGACCUGCACCAUUUUCAAAAUGGCAUGCUUCAGUCGCUGUGCACCCCCCUGGUAUGUCUCAUUAUUACAGAGGACGGAUGAGCAUUUUGCCACUUUGGAUCACGAGUAUUGCUUCUUUUUAUUAUUUUGAUGGCGGCAAACAAACACACACAUUUUCAGAUAGACAUUUGAGUGGCUGGAUGAGAUGAGAUGGUGCAACACAGAGAGUAGCGCAUCAUCAGCAUUGUAUAUGACCCAUCUUCGGAAGAAAUAGUUUUGUUGGAAUCUUCUCUCUUAUAUCUUACAGUAAUAUAUUUUUAGCUUUAUUUUCAGACGAUAUAUCAUAAAGAUUUUUAUCCACGCGGAGCAUUUAUAAGCAAAACGCUUUGACAAUCUGACACGAACAAAGGUGUAUUUUGGUUUCAUAGUGCAACAACAGAUACAGUAAAAUAAAUGGGAUUCUUUUGUUGUUAACUUUUGAGCUGAAAAGGAACUUGAGCACUGUCCAUCAGAAAUGCACAUGUUCCAAUUCAAUCUGAAAUAUUUAUGAAUAAUAGUGAUUUGUGUCUCAAGGAUCAUACUGUAAGUGAAUGUUAUCCACCAUGAGUAUCCCUGCAAUGAGAUUUUGUUUUGGUAGACACUGAUCCCAAAGCACAUGCUAUUUUUUACACUAACAUGACGCAUGAUUAUGUAGUUUCUCAUGUGGUGUAUGGUAUAAGCUAACAUUCAUACACAACAUACACAUGUAAUUGCCAACGUUUACUGUGCUAUGUGUUUCCAAAAAGCAAAACUCACCUCCCCUUCACGCUUUUAUUCCGCUUUGCAGACAAAGCAAAAAAUCCUCCCCUUCCCUGUAUAGUUAUAGUACUGCAUUCCCAAAGAACUGUGGAGGGAAACUUGUUGAUUCAGCACCGAGGCUGAAAGGCUGGCGGUGCUUUGUCAUGCUUCGGGAUCAGACCCGAGACAUCUACUGAUCAGCAGCUUCCAGCCUGGGCACGAGAUGUGUGGGCGAUAGAGGGCAACCCUGUCCAAUCCCUCAAGUUCCAAAUAGCUCCAGGGUGCAUUUGGACAGUUAAUCUAGCAUCACUGUCAUAUAGUAUAUGCCACUCUGCUGUGACUGGAAAUCGAUUUUUUGAAACGUUAUGUAAUAUGAUUCAGAACGUUUAGUUUGCAGAAAAAAAAUACAGUUUAUUUUGAAUGGUAGAAUGGGAUUUGGAUGCUGAUUCUAUUGGAAAUGUGUUCUUUGGAGCACUUCGGAAAGUGUGCACAGUUUGAGUGGACAGUUUGUCCAACCCUCAUGUAAAAAGUUACAGAUCUGUACAACUUGUAAAUGAAAUAAUCAGCAUGUUAACAUGUUUUUUUUUGUUGUUUUUUUAAUCCAUUUAAAAAGGCAGAGGCCAGUGAUGUUCUGUACUUGUGACAAUGGUGUCAUGUACUCAUAUUCAAGUGUUAACAAGUCCAACGUGGGUUUUCAUCUCUUCAAAAUGAACUUGGAUAAAAUGUAUAUGUAAAAAAAAAAUAUAUCUAUAUAUUAGAAGCAUCUCCUUUAUAAAGCUUUCAUCCUAAUCUAGGGGACUCGCUCCACUGUGGGGUCCUUGCAACAUACUGAAUAACAAAGAAGGAGAGAUUGGAACAAAGAUUGAUUUGAUAUUGUGAUUGGAUUGAUGAAAAAAUUACCAUGAGUUUGGGUCGUGAUGGAGGCUGAAUUGCUUACAAGCAAAACAGGGUCUCUAUUACCAAAGAGGAGAACAGUCCACAAUGACGGCAAGAGCAGCAGUUCCUUCAUCCGGGACGCUAUUUCAGAACCACAGCCAUCCUUCUGUUCUGUUUUAUAUGCCACGCUACUCAUCCACUCUAGAUGUAUUUGUUUCUUCUAAUGUAUUUCAUUUCAAUGCGGUCCUGUCUGUUUGUUGAGCUGUCAAAAAUUCUGAUGAAUUAUAGUUCUCUUUUCUUUGGUAUUGUGUGAGGCUUCUGUACUGGAACAUUGCAACAGUUUGUAUUAUAAUGACGAUAUCAGAAUAAUAUUUAAAUAAACCAUUUUCACAGAUGAAAUUCAAA